UCUCAUUAUCAUUUGAAACCCAAAUAUGUUCCUUCUGUGAAAGGAAUUCUUGUGCAACUUUACAUUUCUUUAUAUAAAUAUUCCCAGAAAUCCGUUUACAACCCUCAAAAUUGUGCAGAUUUCAACAACACACAAGUGUAGAAUUAGUUUUAUGAUAUGGAAGGUAUCAUUGUUAGGCGUGUUAUCCCGUCUGACAAUAGUUGUUUGUUUAAUGCGGUUGGAUAUGUCAUGGAACAUGAUAAACAGAAAGCUCUUGAAUUAAGACAGGUUAUAGCUGUAACUGUGCGUAGUGACCCUGUGAAGUAUUCUGAAGCUUUUCUUGGGAAGCCAAAUGAACAAUAUUGCUCAUGGAUUCUUGAUUCAGAGAAAUGGGGAGGUGCCAUAGAACUUUCAAUAUUAUCUGAUUAUUAUGGACGUGAAAUAGCAGCAUAUGACAUCCAGACAACUCGGUGUGAUUUGUAUGGUCAGCAGGAUCGUAACUUCAGUGAAAGGGUUAUGCUUCUGUAUGACGGGCUUCACUAUGAUGCAUUGGCUAUGUCUCCCUUUGAAGGUGCGCCUGAGGAGUUUGAUCAAACAAUAUUUUCUGUACACAAUGACAGAUCUAUUGGGCCUAUUGAGAGACUAGCUCAGAAUUAUGUGAAGGAGCAGCACAGGCAGAAGAAAUUUACUGAUACGGCUAACUUCACCUUGCGAUGCGGGGUCUGCCAAAUUGGUAUCAAAGGACAGAAGGAGGCCGCGGACCAUGCCAAAGCUACUGGUCAUGUUAAUUUUCAAGAAUAUAGAUAAACCCUCAUUAUAAGGAACUACAUUAUUUUGAACAUUUGUCUCAAUAAAUUGUCAAAGGGAUGUAAAACUUAGGAAGCUCUUUGGUUUGGGAUUCAUUCUAUACAUCAUGCUCUUUCGGAUAUUCAUUGUUUUCUAUUUUUGUUUGCUUCAACUGAGUGUGCAAUUGUGUACAAUGUCUGUUAUUAUCUUCUUAACUCCAACUCCAAAUCAUUGAAGAUUAUAUUUCAAAACAGGAAAGAAAAAGUUGUGAUACUCCUUCCA